AGCCUUCGGCCCACAGGAAAGUACGCGGACUCAUACACGGCGCCAGAGUGGCGACAACCGCAGUGAAGAGGGCAAUACAACGGACGAAGUGGUGGCUGCGGUUAGACGCAACCUAUCCAUCAAUAGGAUUGCUCAUCAGGAACUGCGUGCGGCGUUUCGGCGCCAUCGCGUAGGACGGAUCUCCUGCAGACCUCUGCCGCCGGCGACUAGACUUCGACAACAGUCGGCUCGACCACCGCUACAGCGUGUACAGCAGACUKAGGUGCAGCGAGAAGGACAGCAGGCCAUAUCGCAGCUGGAAGACGAGACUCGAGGUGGGGGGCAGGACGGAGAGGGAGUGCAGGCAAACCACCUCCAAGCUGGCCCGUCACAAGGGCCGCGAACGGACUGGCAAAUUAUGAAAGCGGUGAGGAAAGCGGCCCUAACACGCUCCUUCGUCACGGACCCUGCGGCGGAUGUCAAGACGGUGGAUGGUGAGCUCAUUCUCCAGGUGGAGAAGAAAAUGGCGAUUGCACAAGUCACCUACAUGCGCGCUCACAUCAUUGUCAUGCGCUUUGAGGGACCCCUGAAGGAUCUAGCACCGCAGGCCAAGUUAGACUGGAUACGCUGUUGGGAGCUGGAGAACUGGCCCGAGAGAGGUCAAGCCUCGUAUAAAGGCUGGGCAACGGUGGAGGGCGGGGCAUUGGUCUUUUACUCGGCCCCCACGGCUGUGCUACGAAACUGGCUACUCCGUGAGCAGGGGAGUGAGGGUAUUAGACUGGGUGAUCGCACCUACCGCGUCAGAUUCACAGCGUGGAGGUUGCCAGUGGAAGUGGAAUGGGAGAGGCUGCAAGAACGGAAGGCAAGGCCAUGGGUGCGAUUUGUGCAACCCCCCCCCAUGGCGGUGCUAAUGCUCCGGCAAUUAGCGGAAUCGUUUUUUGGGGCGGUCAGAAAUCCAGAGGGUACAUGGGCGGCUGACGGUGAUGGUAGAGAGACAAAUUAGACAAUUAGAUUUGACCUCUACCCCCCCCUCCGCUCGCAGGGACUUGAGCGAUUGGCAGUGGCACAAGCAUAUUACGGUCGGCCAGAG